AUGCUGCGACAAUUGUUAGUAAACAUCCCACUGGUGGAAGUACUAGAACAAAUACCAGGAUAUGCCAAGUUCAUGAAGGACUUAGUCACAAAGAAAAGAGCUGUAAGUAUUGAUUUGACUAACCAUGUUCAUCACUGCAGUGCUAUUUCUACCAGGUCUCUGGUGCAGAAGAAAGAGGAUCUAGGUGCAUUUACCAUACCAUACACUAUCGGAUCAAUCAAAUUUGCAAAGGCCUUGUGUGAUCUAGGGGCUAGUAUAAACUUGAUACCGCUGGCCAUUUACAAGCAACUGGGGUUAGGAGUUCCAAAACCCACAACCAUGAGGUUGAUGAUGGCAGAUAGGUCAGUGAAGCAACUUGUGGGCAUCCUAUGUGAUGUGCUCGUAAAGGUGGGCAUAUUCAUCUUUCCGAUAGACUUCGUGAUCUUGGAUUGCGAAGUAGAUUUUGAGGUUUCCAUAAUUUUGGGAAGACCAUUUAUAGCCACGAGUCGAGCCUUGGUAGAUGUUGAGUGA